AUGAAAGGUCCCACUGGGAUUCGAACCCAGGUCAAGGGAUUUAAAGUCCCCAGUACUAACCACUAUACUAUGGAACCAGAACACAUUAUAUAAUAAUAAUUAAUAAGUCCCACUGGGAUUCGAACCCAGGUCAAGGGAUUUAAAGUCCCCAGUACUAACCACUAUACUAUGGAACCAGAACACAAUAAAUACUAUCUAAUUUUUUGGGUCAAUAACCUUCAAAAUCUUGAGAACAACCAAUUAUUAUACCAUGUAGUAGCCAGGACAAACGUUUAAGUUUGA